UGCCCUUUUACUAAAAAAUGGCGGUAUUUCUAUUUUUUGAAUUAUUUGUUCAAUUAUCUACAUAUGUUGAAUAUUUUUUUGAAAACAAUAUUUAGCUAGAUGUUUAUCACACUUCUUGCAAUGUUAACCUCAAAAACUGCUCCACCAGUUCUCACAGCUUUAAAAUUUUAUCAAUCCUUUGAUUUAAAUAAGCAUUUACACGAGGAAAACAGUUUUGUUCUCUUGCUAAUAGCUGCCGUUGUUCAAAAUAAUGUUGAAUUCUUCAAAAACCUAGAAUUAUUACCAGAAUUCCUCCAAGCCAUCAAAGACCGGGAUGGUAACAACUUAUUACAAAUUGCAAUAAUUAGACAAAAUAGAGAAAUUUUUGAUUACAUCUUGUCCCUCAAGCUUGUGCCUUUAGAACACUUAAAUGAAGAUGGUGAAACAGCCUUGUCAUUAGCCUUCAGUUCAAGUGAAUAUUUUGCAAAUAGUUUAAUUAAAAAUGGGGCUCAAAUUGCAUUGCCUCCUACUAUUGAAAAAAAUGAAUCAUGUUUACAUUUUGUAGUUAGAAAAGGUUUUUUCAAAGUUGCAAAAUUUUUAAUUGAAAAAGGAGUUGAUGUCAAUGACCGAAAUCAGUCAGGAGUGACACCCCUUUACUACUGUUUAGAUUUAGUGAACAAUGAAGACAAAAUUGAAUUCAUCACAACGUUACUUGUUUAUGAUGCUGAUACUUCAGUAACUCCAAAUUUUCCUAGUUAUAACAUAUUUGAAAGGGCUGUUCUGUUUUGCUCACUGGAAAUACAAGAAAUUUUAUUUCUCUAUAUGUUUGAUAAAUACACUCACUUUCAUUUACAUAUUGAGGUACUACUAGAAAUUGGCUUAAAAGAAACUUAUUUUUUUAACCAAGUUUACAAACAUACCGAUAAAUUAAUCGUAGACGAAUUCUCUUUAAAUUACUAUCAAAAUUUAUUUGUCAUCAAAGUUGAAAAUUUGAAAUUGUUAAUUGAGAAAUUUGAAGUUGAAAUUCGGAAAUUGUUAACAUUGUCUACCACGAGAAUUUUCAAAUCUUGUCCUAAAAUUGCAAUAGAAAAUGUGAGCUUGUUAAUUGAAAGUGAUUUAAAAUGGGAUGCAAUAAAUUUUUUACAAGUCUUAAAUAACUCUUACGACAUUAAAACUAUAAUUGGGUGUGAAUCAGAAAAUAUUGCUUUAGGUCAAAUAUGUUUUUUAUUAUCUUACGGUUUUAAAUUAAGAGAGUCGGAUUUGCAACAUUUUUAUAACAAAUAUGGUUACACCGAACUAUUGAAAAUUUUGUUGCAUAUGGACUUCGAAUGUUCUGGUGAGAAUCAAAUUGACGAUAUCUUGUUACUUUUUCUUUACGACGUAACUUUGGAUCUUGAAACGUAUCUUAAAGAUCCAAGCAAAUAUUCUUUGACAAAUAUAGACGCUUUAUUGGAUUAUUUUGCACAUCCUCGUCUAAGAGAAUUGUGUUACGCUUUCAGUGAUGACAAUAUUUUUGAAAAAAUCGACAAUCAGCCAAAAAUUCCAAAAUUGGUUGAAUUGGCGCGAAAUACUUUUCGUAGAUCUUUUACCCAAAAAUUUAAUAUUCAAAGUGCGAGACUGUUUUAUACAUUUGUGAACAGUCUUUCUGUUGAAGAAGUUCACAGAAAGAUUAUUACGUUUGAGACGAAACUGUAUUAGUUUUGUAAUUUAAAAUCGAAUAAAACUUGACAAUACUUUAUUA